AUGGCGCGAGGCGGGAACCUUGCAGCUAGUGAGCCUAACGAGCAACGAGGCUCCGUGGCCCAGCCAGGCUCCGAGGCCCAGCCAGGCUCCGAGGCCCAGCCAGGCUCCGAGGCCCAGCCAGGCUCCGAGGCCCAGCCAGGCUCCGAGGCCCAGCCAGAGCCACAAAAGGGAACCAGCGUACGGUCCCACAGGGAACCAGCGUACGGCCCCACAGGGACCAGCCUAAGGUCCCACAGGAACCAGCCUAAGGUCAAUAGGAACCAGCCUAAGGUCAACAGGAACCAGCCUAAGGUCAACAGGAACCAGCCUAAGGUCAACAGGAACCAGCUUAAGGUCAACAGGAACCAGCUUAAGGUCAACAGGAACCAGCCUAAGUUCAACAGGAACCAGCCUAAGGUCAACAGGAACCAGCCUAAGGUCAACAGGAACCAGCCUAAGGUCAUCAGGAACCACAGGAAGGUCUUUGUCCUAAAACAGCAAAAGGUCAAGAGGAACCAACAAAAGGUCAAGAGGAACCAACAAAAGGUCAAGAGGAACCAAGAAAAGGUCAAGAGGAACCAAGAAAAGGUCAAGAGGAACCAACAAAAGGUCAAGAGGAACCAAGAAAAGGUCAAGAGGAACCAAGAAAAGGUCAAGAGGAACCAACAAAAGGUCAAGAGGAACCAACAAAAGGUCAAGAGGAACCAAGAAAAGGUCAAGAGGAACCAAGAAAAGGUCAAGAGGAACCAACAAAAGGUCAAGAGGAACCAACAAAAGGUCAAGAGGAACCAAGAAAAGGUCAAGAGGAACCAAGAAAAGGUCAAGAGGAACCAACAAAAGGUCAAGAGGAACCAAGAAAAGGUCAAGAGGAACCAAGAAAAGGUCAAGAGGAACCAACAAAAGGUCAAGAGGAACCAAGAAAAGGUCAAGAGGAACCAAGAAAAGGUCAAGAGGAACCAAGAAAAGGUCAAGAGGAACCAACAAAAGGUCAAGAGGAAGCAGCACAAGAUCGACAAGAACCGACACCAGAUUAAUACUAACCAAACUGUGUUUAACAAUAUGGAGCACGCGGCUAGCAUGCGCUGGUCUCUUGUUAACAAGAGAGACCACAUCUGA